AAACCCUUCACACCUUAACGAGAAAUACCGUGACACUGCAACAGAGUGAGAGAAAUUGCAGGCGGCGGCACAGAGGGGAAGUAGUAGUAAAUAAGGAUCAAUGGCGGUUCCUGGGAGGCGCAACGGCAUCAACGACGACGAAGAGGAGUUAGACGACAAUGCCCUUUUCGAAGAACAAGGUGUCGUCGAAGACGACACCGAUACCCCUCCUCACCUCCGCGACCUCUCCGCCGCCGCUCAAAUCGGCGACGCCCACGCCCUCCGUCUCGCUCUUGAUAACUUGACUGGUAGUAUUGAUGAGCCAGUGGAGGAUGGGGAUACGGCUCUUCAUUUGACAUGUUUAUAUGGCCAUUUGGCUUGUGUCCAGCUGCUAAUAGAAAGAGGAGCAAACAUUGAGGCUAAGGAUGAAGAGGGUGCUAUUCCUUUGCACGAUGCUUGUGCAGGAGGAUUUACUGAGAUAGUCCAGCUGCUGCUUAACAGAGCAAAUGAUGCAGAACAUAUAAAGAGAAUGCUAGAAUCAGUUGAUUCUGAGGGUGAUACUCCUCUCCAUCACGCUGCAAGAGGUGAGCAUAUUGAUGUAAUUAGGUUGCUGCUGUCUAAUGGCGCAUCUCCCACAAAGGCAAACUUAUACGGGAAGGCCCCUGCGGAUUUGCCUGAACAGGAAGAUGCUCGGAGGCUGCUUGAAGCUGCAGCUCUUGCCAUGGCAUGCCAAUAGCAUUUCAGUAGAAAUAUUUAGUUCCAUUUUGACAGAGAUGCUACACUUUUUGGACCAUAAAAUCUGUAUUUCAUACACUACUCUUUUUUCGAAGUUCAAAAAUCAAAAUGAUUUAUUAGAGGAGCACCAUAGGAAGUUUUAACUCUGGAGACAGAUAAAAAUGAGGAUUCCCGGAUUACUUAUAGUGGGGCAAGCUUGUUUGUUUUCGUUACUUUGCUUAAGUGAAAUAUAUUUACUCUUCAACAUGUCAGUGAACUAUGACUGGAUAGUUAUACUUGUCGUUUAAUUAUCAUAUAAGUUUAAUUUUGCUUA